UCUAAAUGGGGAAGGAAGAAGAUUAAAGCAUACAUAGCUAGAAGACAUUAUUGAUAAGUAUAUAUCUAUAGUGUAUAAUCUUAGUGAACAUGCAGUACUGGUAUAUUGAUAUAAUUAAGUGAAUGCUCUUUAUAGGUAGUUGAUGAGUUGAAAAACCAUAUAGUAUUACAGUAGUACAUAUAUAUAUAUAUCACCAUUCACCUGUCUUUAAUCCUUGAAAAACGAAUGUCAGAGUUUUCCCUCCAAAUACUAAUAAGGCAAAGUCAUUUGCAUAUGAAUGGAUAUGAUCAGAACUGGAUGUCCGUGUUCAUGCGAAUAUGCAGAUGUGAUCUGGCGACACUUUUACUAGUACCUUCGCCACGUGACAGAAAUAAUAAAUCUCCUCAGAACAUGCAACCUCAAUAUACAUGUACCGUAUAUUAAGGGGAUCAUAUUCUUUUUCUGUGGCUUCCAGACAUCUUUUUCUGACUAUAAAGCACACAGUAAGAGAACUUAUAAAUUAAUAUGUCACCUUAGACGAACAAUGUUUUUAAAGAAUCUGUUAAGGUUUGUGUUGAAAAGUCCCAUAUCUUAAGUAGGAAAUCACCAUGAUCUUAUGCAACGGUAGAGUUUCUGGUGAAAUGGGCAGGAAGUUUCAUCACAAGUAUGUCAAGCAACUUCAGACACUUUAGGAUGUGGGUUCACUAAAUCAGACGCUUAGGAGCUUGAUGUGAAGUUACAUAAUGGGGGCAUGCUGAAGUAUGUGUUUGGGUGUGAAAAAGUGUCUCUAUUUGGAUUCCCAAUGAAGCUGCAAGUGAUGGGGGAUGGAUAGAGAUAACCUGUCAGAAACAGAAAGGCAUGGCCAGCCACCGAGCAUAGACCACGUACUGACCCUCAUCAACAGCCUAGUCAAAGAGAAAAAUUUUCAAGACGCUUUAGAACACACCAACACUGCCUUAGCUAAAUAUGAACAUAAUGAGAAAUUACAAGAGAAGAAGAUCAAAAUCCUGUGUCACCAAGGGAAGUUUGAGGAAGCUUUUGAUCUCACUAAAAACUGGAAGGAGCGAGAGCCAAAGAAUGCUGUGGCCAACAAAGAAUUCAAAAAAUUAAAGAAAGUCAUUCAAGUUUUAAGAGAUCAGGAUUCAGAAGAAGAGAAUGAGGAGGAUGAGGAAGAGGCAGUAGAGAACAAUGCUUCUGUCCCAGCAAGUACCACAUCACCCACACACACCACACCAUCAGAACCCACCCCCACCCCACCCCACGCAGCAGAACCCCACCCCACCACAUCGAAGUCAGAGAUAGAGGGAGCAUGUGCACUACACGACGAAAAGGAUGACGAGGAUUUUAGCUGUACUUUCUGCGACAUUAAAUUUGUGUCAGCCAGCGAGUUAGAAACCCACUGUCGCAGUGACCUGCAUAAGAAACGAAUCACAUCAGAUGAGGAUCAAAACUGGAAAUAUAGAGUGCCACCCAGAAACUUAACCAGCGAGGAGUUUACCAUUUGUCGCAGUGUUCUAGACGCGGAGUUGAAUCGUUAUGAAGAAACCAGAAAAUGUACUUUCGGUGACAAGUGUACCCAGGCCCACUCCAAGGAAGAGCUGCAGGAGUGGAAGGAACGCUUCAAGUUCCGGACACAACAAAUCAAACGGGCCCGGGACAAACAUCUCCAUGGGAACACGUACGCUGAACAACUGAUGGAGAAACUGGUCAAUGCUGAGAACUCCAAGUCUGUGAUGAUACAAAAUGUUGAGUACGCUAAAGUCCAUGUCAACUCAGAGUUAAAAGUGAACAUGACAACCAAGAAAUGCACUAAUGCCUGGACCUUCACCAUCACCAGCAAGAGAAGUCUGCACCGAGUGACCUUGCUGGAUGACACAAAUCGCACUUACUUCUACAUCGCCAGCAUUUCCGUGGGACCAAAAAAGACCCAGAAGUACCAGAAUCUGGAGACCCACUGUCAGGAGUGGGUCAACCCAGACUACACCACCAGACACAGCGGGGAAUACGUCUACAGGGUCAAGGUUGUUUUCAAAACAGAUAUUUACGGGACAUUUAGACAGACCCUGGUUUAUGACUUUGGCUUGGAGCCUGUUCUGAGCCGAGAGAUGCAGAUAGAGUCCGCCCCCAUCACAGACAUUGAGAAACUUAGCAAGGACCUUGUGCUCAGUGAACAGGGGCGCUGGAAAGUAGAGAGUGUGGACUUAGUCCCCUUUGAAAACAAGCCAGUACCUGAGACAGAGGAAGAGAAGCAGUUGUUAUCCAAAUACUGUUUACCUGAAGCGGAUAAGUUCCGUUUAUCCGAGCAUCUGAUGCAUCCACCCACUAAGGAGACUUAUCGGAUCUGGAUGCAUGAAAUGCUCUACAUAGAGGAGUGGGCACAGAUGGAUCAUAUUUCUAGAUACAACAUUAAGACCUCUCUACAGCUGGUUAACCGGUUCCUACUGGUCCCUGGGGCCCUUAGUGGUGCCAAGUACGCCCAGGGUGGGGAACUGUUCGCCCGGAUGAAGCUAGACGAUGAACUGUCGGAGGAUUCGGCUGGGGGCCGCCUCAUUCUGAUGAGUUCCAACGUAGCGUGGCUGGCCCCAUUCAACCCUGACGAUAAAAUGAACUCCAGGCAGAAUAAAAAGGUAUACCAAGUGUUACUGGAAGACAAAGGAAAGAAUUUCAUCUUUCUCCGACUGCCAGAGAAGUGUGUGUCAGAGCUGAAUCUAACAUGUGACCAAGAGUUUCAUGCUGAGAUCCAGUUCCAGCUGAACCGAGUCUCCAUGUGUGAGAUGCACUCGGCCAUUGACCAACUGCCCACCCUGGACCUUGUAUUUCCCCCACCCCAGAGGAUUCCCUCCUCACCCUGGUUCCCCGAGGACAUGGAUUUUAGCGAGACAGUUAAUGAACGACUGAAUGAGAAGCAAAAGGCAGCCAUCCGGGGCAUUACGGCAGCAGGAGACAAGUGCCUCCCCCCUCUACUGCUGGUGGGUCCCUGGGGGACGGGCAAGACGUACACCCUGGCACAGGCAGCAAAACACGCACUGGAGGUAGAGGAGAACCGCAUCCUCAUCUGUACACACUCCAACAGUGCUGCAGAUUUAUACAUUAAAGAUUUUAUUCACCCUAUUGUGAAAGAGGGCCACAUGGAGGCGGUACCACUGCGUAUCUACUACCGCCACCGGUGGGUGCAAACUGUCCCCGAAGUGGUUCUGCAAUACUGUCUCCUAGAAAUGUCUGCCUCCCAGGGGAACUUCAGGAUGCCUUCCAGGGAGGAGGUGGACAAACAUCGCAUCAUCAUCACCACGCUCAAAACUGCCCGAUAUCUGUGUGACCUUGACCUUCCUCAAGGAUAUUUUAGUCAUAUAUUUGUGGAUGAAGCAGCACAAGCUUUGGAGAGUGAGACCCUGAUUCCUCUAUCUCUGGCUGGCCGGACCACCAAAAUCAUCCUGGCAGGGGACCACAUGCAGUUGAACCCAGAGGUAUACUCGGACUUUGCCAAGCAGCAGGGCUUCCAGAAGUCUCUGUUGGACCGACUGUACGAGCUGUACCCUGACGACUGUCCCUGUAAGAUCAUGCUGUGUGAGAACUACCGCUCUCACGAGGCCAUCAUCGACUUCACCUCCGAUCUCUUCUACGACAGUAAACUGAUUCCCAGUGGGAACCAGCCAGCACAUCCUAGCUAUUACCCUCUGACGUUUUUCUCGACGCGAGGUGAGGACUUGCAACAUGAGAACAGUACAGGAUUCUAUAAUAUUGCUGAGGUACAUGAAGUAGUGGACCGAGUGGAUGACCUACAGAAGAACUGGCCGCCAGAAUGGGGGGAGGUGGAGGGUAAUAUUGGAGUCGUGGCCCCUUAUUCUGACCAGGUGUUCAGGAUUCGUGGCGAGCUCAGGAAAAGAAAAAUGCAGUAUGUCAGUGUAGAGAGAGUUUUUAAUGUUCAAGGUAAACAGUUUCGUGCCAUCAUCCUGAGCACGGUCAGGACCAGACACACCUGUAGCUCCGACGCAUCCCAGGAGGAUGUCUAUGACUACGGCUUCCUGUCCAACGUCAAACUGCUAAAUACAGCGCUCACCAGAGCCCAGUCUAUUGUUGUUGUUGUAGGGGACCCCCUGUCUCUUUGUCUUGUGGGCAAAUGCAGAAAAGUAUGGGAAUAUUUCCUGGAAACAUGUAAUGAGCAUAAAAGUUUCUUUGGCCUGAAGUUCAGUGUUCUGAAGGCCCAGUUAAACAGUGCUGAGCUGAGAAAGACCUAUGUCCUCAAUCCCUUAGCCCCCGAGUUUGUUCCCAACCGCCUGUACCAUGUGACCAGUCAAACCAAUGUAGGAGCUGGAGCCUCAGGUGGUCCAAACGCAGCCAACCCUGGGUACUUUUUGGGACAAAAAAUGAUGUACCCUGGAGGACCAUAUUCUCAACAGAUGUAUGUUCCUCUGCCCUACCAAGGCUACUAUCCCCCAGUUAUGUACAGACCUUAUGUGUCCCCGUUCAUUGGUGGGGGAGGAGUUGGAGGAAGAGGAAGAGUACCAGCUAGAGUUAUCUACCCCAGACAAGUGCCUGUCAAUGGCUCCUCAACAAAAUCCUCAUCUCCUGCUAAAUCUUCGGGAUCUGACACUGAGAGAGUAGCCAGCCCUGAUAUAACAAGAAACACGGAGUCUCCCCAAGGACAAGGGUCUGUCAAGAAGGGGCAGUCCUCUAGGAGCAGGGCAAUGGUGUAUGUGCCAAGGAUACCAGCUCCUUAUCCUGCCAUGUACUAUCCUUAUCAGCCUUAUCCAGGAUAUUACUACCUACCCGAGGACCCAAGGUUAGCGCAGACUCAUGCAAGGUACCCUUACAUUGCCCCAGGGAUACCACCCCAAGUGUAUCCACACCCUUACCCGGCUGGCCCAUACAUCGGUACUCCAAUCAGACCACCUCAGGGUGGUUCUCCUGAGAAUACCCCUUCACCGGGUGAAAGAAGUCCCAACUCCCAAAGGAGCCACUCUCUGUCUCCAGGACCCCAGAGACCUCCAAGAUCACAGUCUCCUGCUAUGUCUCCAAACUCUGCUGCCGCUGUUGCUGCUGCUGCAGCCGCUGCUGCUGCUGCUGGGGCAGGCCCCCAUUUCCAGUUGCUGCCCAACGUGAAGCACAUCCCUGCCCAUCUGUAUACCAAAGCAGGAAGUUCUGCAGGCAACUCCAGGUCUAGCACUCCUCUAGGUGGGAGAGAUUCACCUGCCACUGAAAGAGCUGGGGAGGAGGUGAGAGCCAGCUUUGAGCAUGAUUAUCUGAAGUCUGUUAGUCCGAAACUGGACUUGCAAGAAAGGAGAGCAUCUGCACAGAGCCCAUUGGCAAGGGUUAUCUCACAAAGACAAGGGUACAUACGAGAUGAGCUGGAGGCUAUGACAUUACAUGGAGGUCAAAGGACUCACUACCAGAGUAUUGUCACCACAACAAGGAGUAGCAGUGGUUCCAUGCAGAACGGGUCACGAGUGAUGGAGAAAGGUAGGAGCAACAAGAAACCGUCAAAAUUAGAACUCCACUCGACGACAGGAUUCAGCCGGCAGUUCAGUGAAGACAUCACCACCCCAACGGAAAUCACAAACUUGGUGAAGAUGAUUGACGACAAUGAUGAUGUGGACAUGGAGACCAGACAACUGACCCACCAGUCAUACGCCGCACAGAAAAACACCUCUGGGCGUCUGUACCUGAAUAUCCCCUCUCAGCAGGAACUAGCCAUGGGAGAGUCUGCUUCUUCAUCCCCACCCUCAGGGAGUCCCCCAUUGGGUGACCAGAAACCGACCUAUGCUGGUGUACUGAGAAGGAGACUGCCCUCAGCUCAGGGGGACAUAGACCCCAGUUUGCUUGAGCCCAUGACACCCCACACUCCUCUUGGAUUCACGACUCCUGGUACAGAAAUCGACACGGAUCCACUGGGCAUUCUUCGAAAUCUGAACAUCAAUUCUUCGGCUGAGAAUCAAAGAACUUACAAGUAUUUUUCUUAGGCUGAGUCUUGGUUUGUUUUGAAACUGACAAAAAAUUGAUAAAACACCAGUUACUUGAUAUUACCGUAAUUGAAGGACAGAAGUACGUGUAGAUAGAUUUUUAACAUGAGCUAUGUAAGAGAAGCGUUUCAAUAUUUAUUUAUAAUGCUACAUGUAAGUAGAGUACAAAUAAUUAUGUUAGAUGAUAUAGAGAAACCAAUACAGUUAUUGCCAUGUGAGGUAAUAUUUAUUUUUAUAUGACAAAUUUUUCUCAUGUUGAAGUGGUGCAUAUUUUCUCUAUCAAAGCGUGCUUUGCAGUUCCUUUCUUCCAACACAUAUCUUUUGAUUAUUAUAGAUGCAAAACAUAAAAUGUUAUUGGAUCUUUAUUUAUUUUACAGAUGAGUUAUUAUCUGUAAAGUUUAUGUGAACUUAAACUCUCUGCAAGAGAGGCUUCUAUUCUUGUUUUAGACUUUUAACUUGCAUUAUAAUUUAUUACAAAACAGAUAAAUGGUAAUAUGAUGGCAUGUAAAUGUAUCAUUACAAAAAAUUAGCUUUGUAUUUUUAUGAUGUUGUUUUGACCCUACUGAAAGCUUUUUAGGAAUUUAGACAGUCAUUAACCAAACUUUAGUUAAAUGAAUGCUAAAGUCUGCUAAUGAUUACAUACUGUAAUGUAUAAUUAUACCUAUUGAAGAAAAUCUGGAUUUUCAUUUAUAAAAAUUUAUGCUUUGUGUUCCUCCUCUAAAGUGAAAAUUGAUGCGAAAUAUUUUCAUAAAAAUCACUAAGAGUUGUUUCCCUUUUUAAAGUAAAUAUUGGUAUUUUGAAGUGUAAUUUUUUUUUAAUAAAUUAAACUAAUUAAUCCAUCUUUAAUAUCUACUGGAAAACAUUUUGGGGGGAAUGGAAAUGAAGGGAUAAGGAUUCACAAAAUCAUAAAUUUGUGGAGUAUUGCUGUCUUAUUUCCUUUAUGUCAAGUAGCUGUAAAUGUGUGAAGCAUGUAGUACUGUUUUUAUCGAAAUGAUGGUAGAAUGAUGAUGUCAUAAAUUAUGAUAGACAUCUUAGAUUUUUUUUUUUCUCAAUUAAGAUUUGUAUAUAUGUAAAAUUUUGUGUACAUGCUAUUGUAUUAACCCGACAGAAAACCCUAGUGUCUAAUUUUAGCUGAAUAUUUGUAAUCUAUGCUCCUUAAGUUUCAAUAGGAGAAUGUUACUGUCUUUAUGAUUCUAAUCUUUUGGAUGUUUAUAAUAAGGCUCAAAUCAAGAUAUUAACUGAUUUUGUUAGGGUUUUUUUUUUUAAAAGAAGGAUUGGGUAAGUUUUAUAACAUGAUCCAAUUAGUACUAGUAUUAUAUAGUAGGCAUUGUUUCCAGUAAAAUGAAAGUGAUUUUUUUUUUUUAAACAUGAGACCCAAAGUGGCAGAGUUCUCCCCCUUUGUUGGACAAUCAUUGUUGAACAAACGCCAUUUUGUUAAGUUUAUUUUAGUUUUUAAGAAGUACUGUCCAUCUUAGUAUUCACACCUGAGUGAAGUUUGCACACACUGCAAUAUACUAUUGUACCUUGAGCUUUGUAGUAGUUAGUUAGUGAAUUGCAACAGAAA